UGCGAGGAAACGAAACUAGCUUCCUCCAUCCUCCCCUCCCGGCGCCGCCCCCGAGCCUCAAAGCCCCCGAGCCCCAGCAUGGAGCGGGUCCGCACUCCGGGUCCGGCGAUUCCACCGUACGAGCCUCUGAUGGACGGGCUGGGCAUGGAGGAGAAGACCCGCAGCACGGUGGUGACGGUGGAGAAUCCCCUGGUGCCUCCUCCCCGCGACCACCUGGCCUGGUCGCUGUGCACCACGCUGUAUGCCAACGUCUGCUGCCUCGGCUUCCUGGCGCUCGUCUUCUCCGUGAAGUCCAGAGAUCGCAAAGUCCUGGGUGACUACAGUGGGGCGCUCAGUUAUGGCUCCACUGCCAAGUACCUGAACAUCACGGCCCAUCUGAUCAACGUCUUCCUCAUCAUCCUCUUCAUCGCCCUGGUUGCCAGCGGCACCAUCGUGGUGGCCAACAUCUUCAACCGCUACCAGCAGCAGCACCCCGAAUUCAUUGGACCCACUUAGUUGCAUUCCAUGGGCAAAGCUUCACUUGGGGCCAUGCUUUCCUUGCUUCUUUCAAUCCCCUCUCCAGUCACCAUAUAGAAAAGCACCUCAAGACACUCCUUGCUCUGGCAGGAACCCGCAAAAACUGGCUGUAGGAAUAGGAACCCGCAGACUUUGCCGCUUGCCACCUCACUCUGCCUUUUUGCUAUUGCUCCAAGUGCCUGUAAAAGCCCUAAGGGAAGCACCUCAUCUGUAAAAACAAACAAAACAAAAACACAGUAAAGGUAUCUUUCACUUUUG